ACCACCUCCCGCACGAAGCACGGGAACUCGUUUGGUGGGUUCGAUUCGGUUGGCUUACGUUACCUGUCCUGAUAAUUCUUGGGGCCGAGACUGGAAAAAUAUGUCUGGGACUCGACAAUGAUGAUUUUCGAACAUUAUCCAGCGAUGUUUCACUUUCUUAUGGGUAUUGUUUCGUAUUUGACUUUAAAUUUCACGUACAAAUGGCUGAAAAGUCCAGUCAUUCAUCAAGAACUCAUAAAUUCGUCACAAACAACUGUCGUAGCUUCGUUGAAAGAAGGCUCAAGUUUGUGGUGCAUAGAUGACACCAAAUCUAAACGAAUCUGCAAAUUUCGAUAUUUGUGUUACCAUCCAGUUCAAGAUCACUUCUUGUUCUUUCAUGGUCCAGAGACGGUGAUCGAUGGAGUGCCUGAUAACCGCUUCGAUCCAGCCCUUCUGGACUUGUCCUCAGUUGACGAUCAUAACACCCAAUACUUCAAUUACGUUGACUAUCCGGUUUCUGCAUUGGAUACCUUUUCUAACAUCACCGUCAUGGAUGGCUUUAGCUUAAUAUUUAACAGAUUCAAUGCAGACAAUAUUAUGCACGUUGUUCAUGACGAUCUCCUGCCUCUGUUCCAUACAUUGAGACAGUUUUCUUGGAGUAGGUCUUCUAUUGAUCUUGAAUAUACAUUAGUUAUGAUGGAGGGAUGGAAUGAAGGCGCCUACUUUGAUCUCUACAAGUUAUUCACAAACAAACCACCACUGCUUAAAAGAGAUCUUCAAAAGCCAAAGCAAUUGAUUUGUUUUCAGCAUGGUGUCGUUGGCAUCUCCAAAUAUACAACAUGGUAUCAGUAUGGGUUCAAGGAACCACAGGGAGCCCUACCUCACACUUCAGUAACAGGACAUUAUGUGCGGCAAUUUGUUAUGUUUAUUAAAAGGAGGUUGGGGUUAGACAGUGGUUUGAUAAAUGCAUAUGAUUCUUCUUAUGUUAUACUUUGUUCAAGGGAACACAACCGUUUAAUAACCAAUGAACCGGAUUUGUCGAUGGCAAUUGCCAGACAUCUCAACAAACAAGUUAUUCAUAUCAGCAUGACAAUACACGCUUUCAAAGAACAGGUCCAACUUGUAAGCAAAGCCAGUGCACUUAUUGGAAUGCAUGGCUCAAUCUUGAUUAUGGCAAUGUUUCUACCACCCGGUGCAAAGCUUAUUGAAUUGUUCCCAUUUGGUGUCAAUCCUAAUCAUUAAACUCCUUAUCGUACCCUGGCAGAUUUACCAUGGAUGGAUAUUGUUUAUGGUGCAUGGAGAAAUGAAAUUGAAGAGAAUACAAUAACAUAUCCUCAUGAAGCACCAGAAGUUGGUGGAAUUGUUCAUCUCAGUGAUGAGGAACAAAAACAGAUCAUGGGAACGAAAGAAGUUCCAAGGCAUCUAUGUUGUAGUAAUCCCUACUGGCUUUAUAGAAUUUAUCAAGACACCACUGUUGACAUAAAAUCACUCCUACUUGUUACUGAAACAGCAGAAAACAAGCAAAGAAAGAUGUCUUCUAGGCCAAAACCUGCUUAUGACCACACACUUUACCCAAGUAAAGUUAUCAAUGUAACAUGUCAACUUCCUCCAGAGGAGCUACAGCCAGCCUUAUGGUUCUCAUGGGAACCACCCUUAAAUAUACCUUUUAUAGCUGGCAGAGAUGUGAGAUAUGAGGUGUGGAUUCAACCCAGUGGACAAGAAAAUUAUGCUGCAUACAUACUUGAUCUGACAGAGUAUACAUUUACAGAAAAUUUGCUAAGAAACACACAUUACAAUGUUUGGGUCAGGUGUAUUGUUAAUGAAAACUCUGGGCCUUUUGGUGAUGUUGCACACUGUGAAACAAAAUGACACAAGGUAGAAGCAAGUAGGAUUGCAAGGCUAUAAAUUUUUUUUCCAGACUUUGAUUUAUAUUUCUGUGUUACAUGGCUCUUCCAUUAGACCAAAUUGAACUUGAACAAGAAUGUUUGAGAUAUUUAUCAAGAAUAAUGAAUUAAAUCACAGGGAUGUUACAAAGAC